CUGUAUCACUCUUCUCCAAAUACCAAAGCCUCUAUUUCCAAGCCAACUCCCCCAAAACCUCUACACACGAUACAUACAUAUAUACAUACACACGCACAAACAUACAUACAUACAUACAUAUCGAUUUUGCAUCACCCUCUCUCUCUCUCUCUCUCUACCCAACUUUCUCUCUCUUCAGACUCGCCGUGAGCCAUGGUUUCAGCUGUUGACCGGUCGGAGAUAGUAUUUUUCGACGUGGAGACCACAAUUCCGACCCGAGCCGGCCAAGGAUACGCCUUACUCGAAUUCGGAGCCAUACUGGUUUGCCCCAGGAAGCUCGUGGAGCUCGACAACUACUCCGCCCUGGUCCGACCCGCCGACCUCUCUCUCAUCACCCCCUUGUCGGUUCGAUGUAACGGCAUUACCAAGGACGCCGUCGUUUCGGCACCCAAUUUCGCCCAAAUCGCCGAUAGGGUCUACGACCUUCUUCACGGGAGGAUAUGGGCGGGUCAUAAUAUACUGAGGUUCGAUUGUCCCCGGAUUCGGGAGGCGUUUGCAGAGAUUAAUCGUCUGCCGCCGGAGCCCAAGGGCACCAUUGAUUCAUUGGCUGUGUUGACUCAGAGGUUUGGUAGGAGAGCUGGUGACAUGAAGAUGGCCACACUUGCGAAUUACUUUGGGCUUGGACAGCAAACACACAGGAGUUUAGAUGAUGUUCGGAUGAAUCUUGAAGUUCUCAAGUACUGUGCAACAGUCUUAUUCUUGGAGUCGAGCCUUCCAGACAUACUUGCGGGAAACAGUUGGGUUUAUCCAAACACUACUACAAGAAGUCGUAGUAAUGAGAAAGCUUCUCCUGAUGGAAUGGUCAUGAACACGAAUACAUCCUCAGCAAGUGCCCAAAUUGAAAAUCACCAGAGAUUGUCUCCUACAAAUCAAACAAUAGAGGGAAAUCAUCCAAUACAAUCCCUGACAACUCCCAACACAAGGCACAAGCUUCCUGAUCAUGCUGAAUCCAGUACAGCUCAUCCAGAUCCUUUUGACAUGGGCCCACUGAGUGAUGAAGUGGAGAGAAAAGACCUUCAAUCAGUUGAGGCCAUGGACGAAGAAUCUGGUUCAGGGCUGCCCGAGUCUUCUACCGCAACUAAACCUGAUUUCUCCAGUGGCUAUGCAGACUUCCUAGAGCCUGAUAAAGUUUCUAUACCUUCUGUCAAUGUAUCUCUUGCCCCAUUUUAUCAUGGAACUCACAGAAUACAAAUGUUGCACAAAGAUAACACACUGCAGCUUUGCUGUACUCACUUGAAAGUGCGCUUUGGGAUAAGCACAAAAUUUGUUGAUUCUUCUGGCCGGCCACGGUUGAGUUUUGUUGUAGGUGCAACUCCAAGCCUUUGUCAGGUUUUGGAUGCAUGUGAUGGACUUGCACACAGAUUGUCCAUGGAUUCUGGUAGCAGUUCCGAGUGGAGGCCUGUAGUGAGCAGAAAGGGUGGCUUCUCAAACUCACCUACAGUGCGAUUGCACAUACCUACCGUAGCAGAUGGGAACAUUGUGAGAUGGGUCACAGAGAUAUACGAGAAAGAGUCUUCCACCACCCCACAGAGGCUCGUGUUUAGUAGAUUUGAUGUUGCAGAACUCAAUGCUUUGUUCACUCCAGGAACGUCUGUGGAUGCGUACUUCUCCUUGGACGCAUAUGACUAUCAACAGAAUGCUGGUAUUCGAUUAGUCGCAAAAAAGUUGAUUCUACAUUCUUAACUGAUUGGUCAUCCACCAAAUAAAUUUGUACUAAAUUAACCAUUUAGGAAAUUGAUCAUUUGUGUUUGUUAUCUGAUAAAUUUAGAAUUUAGAGUUUAAUUUGAGAUGAACAAACUGGUUUCUAUACAUUGGUUUCUUUGUAAGCAUUACAAUCAUGUUGAAAUAACACUGGUGAUUCAAGUGAUAUUUAUUUUUCGAUA